AUGCCAGCCAUACUAUUUCCUGAAGAGUUUAGGCAAUAUUUAAAUUCUUCAAGUAAUCCUCCCACAAGUUUGAUUGAUCCAUAUAAUCGUAAUGAAUUUUAUAUGGUAACCGAUUCGUUGAUUAUACUGUUUGCAUUGAGCUGUCUCGGGAAUUUGGUCGUAAUUUACAGAACAUAUAAACAAUGGAAGUUUAAUAAAAAAAGCUUGAAGAUGGCUUAUAAACUGCCGUUUUACACCUCUUUAUCAGGUUUCAUAGAAAAUGGAUUAUUUCUAAUAAAUAUCGUACAUACUUCCAUGUAUGCAAAUGUCUUUGAGGAACCGGCAUGCAAAAUAAUCAGCUUUGUACUUUGGGCCCUUAUUACAAUCAGUUUAUCAUUAUAUUCCAUUAUGGCCGUGGCAACAUAUCUUCGAAUUUGCCAUAAUUAUGAUACAAUCUUACGUUUUGGUAAAUACGAUUAUAGGCUUUGGUUUCAUGUAUUCUUGAUAUCUGUAAUAUUUCAACUGGUCAACAUACGAAACCAUGGUUCGCGUAAAUAUUGGUGUGCUGGAAAAGCCGGAAAAUUCUCCUCGUCCAUAUUCUUAUUCGUAUUAAUAACAUUAUCGUUGAUAGUAAUCCUCUAUUGCUAUGUGAAAAUACUAAUGAAAAUACAAACUAAUAAAAAUGAAAAACUAAUUAAAAACGGCGAGUUUGAGAAGAAGGCUACUAAAAAAGUCGUCAGUUACAUGAUCAUAUUUGUCCUGCAAUGGGUUCUUAUACAGGCUCAGAAUUUAGGUAGAUUAUUCGGUGUUGAACAUCCUUGGAUCUAUAUUUUAAAAGGUUGCGGACAUGCAUUAGGUGCGAUCGGUAACGUGGUUCAAUUAAUUAUAAAUGAAGGCUGGGACCCUAACAAAACAAAUGUUACUAAAGACGAUCAAUCAAAUAAUGUAACUUUCGAGAAAGGUCAUUCGAGCUUAAAUAGUUUAGAUACGAAUAUUGGUCGAGUCUAA